CUGCCACCUAAAGCUCUCAAAGACCAAGAUCUCACCAUCUUUACUCUGCACUAGGAGCUACAAGGUCUUCGCUUCUCUGACUGACCUUUCUGCGCACUUUAACUUCAACUAUUUUGUCAGUAUGCAGCUUUUGGCCAGCCUCGUGUCUCUCUUGCUGGUUCUGUAUAGUGUCAGAGCAGCAGCUGUGCUUCCAGUGGAGGAGAGGAACCUGGCACAAAGUAGGGAGCUGAGUAAAGAGCGUAAGGAGCUGAUCCUGAAGCUGAUCUCUGGGCUGUUGGAUGGAGUAGACAACAGCGUGCUGGCUGGGGAGAUAGCACCGGUUCCCUUGGAUGUGGAGGAGCCCCUGGAGUCCCGUCUGGAAGAACGGGCCGUCUACAACCGGUUAUCACAGCUGCCGCAGCGCGACCGCAAAGCCCCCUGCAAAAACUUCUUCUGGAAGACCUUCACGUCGUGUUAACGGCGCCAGUCCUGCAACGAUCCCGCGAUCCUCCCUGAUACCUGACAUGAACUGUGUAGACCUCCGCUGUACAUACCAUCUCCAGUGUCUGAAGAAAGAUCUCUGUGGACUUACUCUGACACAGUCUGUUUGUUAAAGACAUUGAUGAUUAUAUUUAUUUAUUUAUUUAUUGAUCGAUUAAGAUAUUUAUGGACCUUUGUUGUUUUUCAGCAUUAAAAAAAAAGAAUAAAGCAUGGUUAAGAUACUUUCUUUUUUGAUAAAAGAUGUCUCAUUUACUGUGGUCAACAAAUUACAGUAUGUUUACUGACUGAUCAAUAAAUAUAAUUAAUCAUGGAGCCAGAUGAAUUACAGAUUAUGUAAUAAUGCUACAUAUAAAUGUUUUCCCAAAAGAAGAAAUCACGUAAAGGCUAUUUGUUACAGGCUCAUCUGAAUGGCACUUUCACAAGCCAUGGUUGUUUAACACUUAAUACACCAGAUUAAUUGAUUGACA